CGCAAUGACUCUUCCUGGGGUGCAUCUUGCGCUUCUAUCCUUUGUGCUGUGAAACGACGAGAAGCCAUGAAAUUGACGGAGCGACUACUGGCAGCCCGUGAACGUCUUGUUGAACGAAUCACUGCCAAAACUAUUGAAGAUUCGAACACUUAUGCUCAAGCGUAUAAGUAUAUAACAAAUUUACACAUUCUGGAUGAGAUUGAUGAGAGUACGGAUGCCCUUUCCCUCCUUUCCUGCAACACAACUCUCAAAUUGAAUGCUGUGCUGAGUAAGUGGCAGAGCAGAUCAGAGUGUGUUGUGCAGUGCUCUAACAUCAUGGAACCCAUCCUGCUGGUACGACGUGAAUUAUUGCGAGCCUCUGCUGAAGCAGGAACUGUUAAUCGUCGUGAUGUCGAUAAUGCUUUAACGCAGCUACUCAUUCAGAGUUGUCGCUUGGCUCGUCAAUCGGGCCACCUUCAAAUCGCCUGGACGUUCUUAGUAGAAGCAAAGGCACUUGGUGUCAAUCUGAAGGAUGUUGGAAUGGAAGAGGCACGCUUCGAGUUUCAAAAGGCAAGUUUUGUUCAUUGGCAUGAAACCGGCGGUAAAAGUAAUGCUGAAUCUCCAGAUGUUUUAGUGAAAAAGACUAGUAGAGAAUCGAGAGCUGCCUUUGCUGAGGUGCAACUUUUGCGAGCGGAGUACAUGCUAAAGUCUGGAGCUGUGGCAGCAAAUGAUUUGUAUCAGAUCUACUUAUCUCUGCAGAAGUUUGACGUUCCCUCAGAAGAUCUGCAUUAUCGUGUGGCGGUCUUCUGUGAUGGAAUGUACAGCAUCGAUACAGAAAAGAUUGGUGAAGCACAAAAAUAG